AUGAACUGGCACGUCUGUUUCAAAUUGCUGGACGGUGGCCUGUUUGACAUCGAUCUCUCUGGUCGGCCUGUCAGCCAGGCCACACUUCGGGACUUCGCGACUUGGCUGGAAUCGGAACUGCAGAGACGACGCCUGACCCGCGACGGUGGACUCUGGCAGCACGAGGGACACGUCAUUGCUCGCGAGGUCGACGUGAGUCGGGCUGACCUCGACGACGGCUCUCUGGAGAUCCUGUUGAAGACGCUGGCGAGGGCAAGGGUCGUCGUGGGCAUACUGAAGCUUUUCCGAAACGAACUAACCUGUGUCGGCGCCGGCCUUCUGGCGACCUGGAUACAAUCCGCGGCAAUCCCUCUCUUCGAACUUCAUCUCACGCACAACCGCAUCGAAGCCGCGGGUGCUCUCGAGAUCAUCCAGGCAGUGGCGGAGAACCGAUACUAUCCGUCCUGUCGACCCUUUUCGCAGGGUCCGGUGCCCCUGUGGCUCAGACUGCAUGACAACGACAUCGCCGACGAAGAAAGCUUCACGCUGCGAGCAGAAGCACUGAUACAGGCGGCUCGGCCCGGAUUGGAUCGUCCGGUGUGCUACAAGACCGCCGACUACUGCCGCAGUCAUCGCUGCAUCAUGACACACUGCCCGCUGUUGCACCUUCCCCACCUCCGCUGGAACGACCGGGAAGCCGUGCCGCCUCCUGGAGCGCAGGCGUCUCCAGUACCAAACCCAGCCGAGGCGUCUGUUUCGCCUUCGAUUUGGGAGGCAACCACCGAAGCGCCGACGUCGGAAGUACCGGAUCCGGCCGAUGCUCCUGCUGCGCCGUCGUCCGAGCAAAUGCUUCCGCCUCGAGACGGCGCCAGCGUCGGCGACGAGGCUUGGACGUCUCCUCUGCCGCGGUCGCCGGCCGCUUCGGAGUCGAUCGCUGCGUUCCCGGCUCUUAUAUCAGUAUCCGAAGAGACACUUCCGCCUCGACUCGGCGGUCACGUCGGCGACGAGGCUCCUGCUUCGAAAGCGACGACCGGCUUCCCGGCUCUUCUAUCGCUGUCGCCUUUGUCCUCCGCUUCCUUUCCACCUCCAUCGUGGCCAUCACAGGCAGCAAGGUGGCUUGACGGCGAGAUGGAUUCGGAAGCAUGA